CAUUUUAUGGCAGGAAUACAGUCUACACAAAAAGUUGAGUCUAAAAACACAUUGAUACAAAAGGCUGUACAAUCAAGCUUUUCUCUUUUAGAGGUUCAGGAAGUACUUGAAAAUCAUCUUGAAUUUGAACCUAUUAAUAAUAUAAAAGCUUCAAUAUUGAAUGAUGAUUUAUUUGAACCAUUUUAUGAUAAACAAAUUAAUGAAAAUUCCAAAAUUCUUGCUGAAGCAGAUGAGAGCAAAGAAUUUGAUUUGCAAUCAUUAAUUCAAAUAGUCAAUCCUAACAAUUUUUUGAAAAUUUGA